AAAAUAUACCGCCCGAAUCCACCAUGAACAGCCUCUUCUACGCCGCUUGCUUCUUGGCCGUCCUUCAGUCGGCUCUUUGCACCAUGCCGACUCUUGCGCCGCGAGCCGACCAAGUCGCAUCCUCCCACAAAGGACAAUCGGACGAGAAAUGCUACCUCGGAUGCCUUGGCUCGUUUGGCAACACUUUCAACCCCUGGAUCUUUGGAAACUCCUACCUCACUUACCCUUACUACUAUGACUACUCCUUUGGACUUAAUGGCUACAAUAACUUGGCUUACGCUGGCGGUCUUGGGGGCGGUUAUGGAAUGUUCAAGAAGGACGCUUCGGAACCUAACAAACACCAAGAAAAAUCGUUCGGACAACUGAUCCCUUACAAUCUCGUUCAGGCCUGAGAUUGCAGCUUUCUUCACUCGACGACUUUUCAACAAUAGAUAAUCAUGAAUUGCCACGAGAAUCAUUCUGCUAAAUUGUUUAUGUCCACGCUCUAAUUCUGAUGCUUCCCGCU